AUGGUGAAGAAGCCAUCGCAGACCAAAAAUGCGAUUUACUUGAGGGAGCUGAGGGCCAAGGCAAAGGCAGCCAAGGGUCCCAAGCCUCAGAGGCCUCUCAUCCCACCACCCCAGGGUGCUGAAGCCACGACGCUAUGGAAGCAGCACCACGCCUACCAGACCUACUAUGGCAGGCCCGAUGGGCAGAUCUGGAGCGCCAAGCUCGGCAAGGUCCUCCAAGGUACGUUGCACCCCAACGGCUACAAUCUCAUCAACAUCGACGGGAAGAUGGUCAGGAGGUCCCGUUUCAACCUGUCCCUCUCCCAAGGGAGAGCCAUCGGGGAGGGCAUGGAGUGCGACCAUAUCGUCCCCAUCAGUAGAGGAGGUGGGGACGCCUGGUCCAACCUGCAGGAGCUCACGAAGGAGGCUCACAGGCGCAAGACGGCCCUGGACAACCCUGAGGCAGGUACGAAGCGUGGGAUCACCAUGGGCGUUCCCAUCAUCGCGAGCCACGCGGCCACCGGGGACGAUACCCGCUUCGAUUCGGUGAUUGCGGCGGCCAGAGAGCUGAAAAUCCAUCACGUAUUCAUCGAACGGUCUCUGAGGGCCGACCUUCCUGGCGAGAGGUGGCUGGAGGCCGUCAGCAGCUGGGGCCUGCUCCCCAAGAUCAGGGCCAGCGACCGCGGUAGGAUCCAAGACUCCAGAAGGAGGCGGAGCUACGGCUGUGACAAGCACGGUUACAAGGUGUUUGGGGCCGCGAUCGAUAAGAAGAAUAGGGACCUCAAGGUGCACGACGUCAUCGCGAGGACCUUCCUCGAACCCCCUCCCUCUUCGGAGCAUACACCCGACCACAUCAACGGAGACCCCUCCGACAACCGCGUGGAGAAUUUGCGCUGGGCCACUCCGACGGAGCAAGGCCGGAAUAAGAGUAAUAAUCGCCGCGUCAUCCAGCUGGAUUCGGUCACCGGACAUCACUUGGUGGUCUUCGGAAGCAUAGCGGAGGCCGCAGAGGCCGUUCGGAUUUCAGAGAGCAAUAUUCGCGCUGUAGCAGGAGGCCUUAAACGCAUUGCUGGCGGAUUCAAGUGGAUUUACUUAGAGGCACUUCACACUUAG